AUGGUGAGGGAGGGGCGGAGACAGGCGAUGGUGAGGGAGGGGCAGAGACAGGCGAUGGUGAGGGAGGGGCGGAGACAGGCGAUGGUGAGGGAGGGGCGGAGACAGGCGAUGGUGAGGGAGGGGCGGAGACAGGCGAUGGUGAGGGAGGGGCGGAGACAGGCGAUGGUGAGGGAGGGGCGGAGACAGGCAAUGAUGAGGGAGGGGCGGGAGACAGGCGAUUAUGAGGGAGGGGCGGAGACAGGCAAUGAUGAGGGAGGGGCGGAGACAGGUGAUUAUGAGGGAGGGGCGGAGACAGGCAAUGAUGAGGGAGGGGCGGAGACAGGCAAUGAUGAGGGAGGGGCGGAGACAGGCGAGGAUGAGGGAGGGGCGGAGACAGGCAAUGAUGAGGGAGGGGCGGAGACAGGCGAGGAUGAGGGAGGGGCGGAGACAGGCGAUGGUGAGGGAGGGGCGGAGACAGGCAAUGAUGAGGGAGGGGCGGAGACAGGCAAUGAUGAGGGAGGGGCGGAGACAGGCAAUGAUGAGGGAGGGGCGGAGACAGGCGAGGAUGAGGGAGGGGCGGAGACAGGCAAUGAUGAGGGAGGGGCGGAGACAGGCGAGGAUGAGGGAGGGGCGGAGACAGGCGAUGGUGAGGGAGGGGCGGAGACAGGCAAUGAUGAGGGAGGGGCGGAGACAGGCGAGGAUGAGGGAGGGGCGGAGACAGGCGAUGGUGAGGGAGGGGCGGAGACAGGCAAUGGUGAGGGAGGGGCGGAGACAGGCGAGGAUGAGAGGGAGGGGCGGAGACAGGCGAUGGUGAGGGAGGGGCGGAGACAGGCGAUGAUGAGGGAGGGGCGGAGACAGGCGAUGGUGAGGGAGGGGCGGAGACAGGCGAUGGUGAGGGAGGGGCGGAGACAGCGAUGGUGA